GUCAGCCACGUAGACGUCUUUGUUUCUCACUCUUGGAGCUCCUCCCCGUUCUUGAAAACAUUGGCCCUCUGCUUGUUCAUGAAUAUGUGGAUGGCAGUGAAGGCUGCCGUAGCCACCUGGAUUGGCCUGAGCUUUGCGCUGGUCGUCUCAACGGGGGGGCCUUACAGCCUUGGAGGUACUGACAUGCUCUGGCUCACAGCGGUGUUGGUGUACCUGCCGGUGGCUGUGUUCGUGACAGUCCUGCUGUUUGGGCAGACGAUCACCUGCGGGAGGUUCUCUCCUUCCUUUUGGUUUGAUCGCCUUUGUGUCCAGCAAAGCCACGAGGAAGUGAAGAGGACGACCAUCGCUGCAUUGCCUGUUUUCGUGGCAAGCUCCAGUCGGAUGCUCGUCCUCGGAGACGAUACUUACUUCGAACGGCUCUGGUGCAACCUGGAGCUCGCGAUUUUCGCUAAGUGUUCCUCCGACCCCGGCGCAGUGCAGUACAUGCCUCUGUGGUUGGCCCCAUGGAUAUUGUCAACAAUCUUCAUGGACAUUAUUUGUAUCACCAUUGCACCGCCGCUGGAGAGUUUCGCGCUGGAUCAUCUCAGCACCCGAAUCCAAGAGUCAUUCGGAGAAGACUCCACUAUGAAGUUCUUCGUGAUGCUCAUGUUGACUUGGAUCUUCCCCGGAAUGUGCUAUUUGCCUGCAGCCCUGCCGAGCUUCUUCUCUCACGUGAGGAAGAUUCGACAGCAUGAGCUCACACUGCAGCACAUGGACUGCUUCAACAUCCAGAAUGCCAAGUGCACCCGUGAGUCAGACCGCGAGAUCAUCGAGAAUCAGGUCUUGGAGCUCUUCGACGAUCCUGUCGAAGUCUCCAACCAUGCGGACUCGCCAAACAAGGGGCUUUUUUCACCGGUGGACAACCGAUCACCCUGGCGACGUCCUAGCAUAAACAGCUCCUGGAACGACCGUGAGCGGAGAAAGCGGUUCAGGAAUUUCAACCGCUAUGUCCACGGCCCGUUGCGGGAAUCUGUGCUCCGAGGUCUCGGCAAGGAGGUUGACAUGCCGUGGAGCUUGUGCUUGAUUUGUUUCAUGCCUUUGGUGUUCUACUCGGCCGUCAGCGUCCUCGGCUGUGACGGCAAUAAGUGCGAAGUCACUGCGCAAGUGGUGGGUUACGACACAGCUUUACAGUAUGUGGUGGCCAACGCGCUGAGCUGGAUCUUGGGAUUUGGGCUGGUCAUCCCGACGACGCACCCAAUCCUGCUGCGAAUGGUCAAGGUCGUUCUCACCGUGUCCAAGAACGUGCCAACCCAGGUUGUAAAGAUGCAGCGGUCUUUCCUUGUGGAUGACGACCGGGUGCUCGUGUUCACAGAGGCGAAGUCUCAUGUGGACAAUGCCAAGGUUGAAGAGAUGACUGUGCAGUUCCAGGCGCCGAUCAUCGAUGCCAUGAACAUGCGCUCAGUGUUGGCAUCGCAAGUCCCCUUCGCGGAGAAGUUGGCCAAGGUCAAAGCAGCCGCGACGGAGAUCUUGACCGCCCCACCCAGCGAAGGCGAGGCCAAAGUGCCUUCCGACGAAGCCAAGAAGGACAAAAAAGAUAAGAAGAAAGACAAAAAGGACAAAAAAGAAAAGAAAGAGAAAAAGCUGAAGAAAGACCGCGACGGAGCGGAAGGAGGCAAAGAGAAGAAGGAGAAGAAGAAGGACAAGGAGAAAAGGAAAGAGAAAAAGAAGGAGAAGAAGGAGAAGCAGAGCCAACUGCCGAAGCGACCAAAGCCUGAAGCAGACGCAGCAGAGGCUGAAACCUUCAUCGAGGAGGAGGAAGAGGAGGAGAUGGUUGACAUUGACGAGGAGGUAGAGGUGCUGGCCGAAGGGGAGGUUGUGGGACUCAUGGGCAGCUCCUCGUCCUCGUCCAGCGACACAGAUUACGGCGCUGACGCGCUGGUCGAGCUGCCUAUGGACGUGUCGGCACCAGAUGAAGUCAGCGACGGCGACGACGUCGUCUGCGACGCCCCGACACCCUUGCGGCCACUGAAGGGCAAAGGCAAAGGUAAGGGCAAGCUGCUCCUCCGGAGCCGCGGCCGUGGUCCUCCCUGUGCUGCACGCGGCGUGCUGCCGCCGUUGCGCGGACUUCCGCGCAACCUUCCUCGCAGCCCCCCACCCAAAGGCGCUAUCGACCUGGAUGACACUGCGGUGAUCAUCACCUUCGCAGUGCACAAUUUGGCCGGCACCGGACUUUCCUCAGAAGCGGACAUCCUUGUCCUCGGCUGUGAUCUAAGAAUCAGCUUUGCCUUGAAGCGUUCCGAUGCCGCGACGCCGAACGGAAAGGACGUACCCAAUGUGCUGAGCUCAGGGCGCAGCAUCUCGCGCACGAAGACACCGACCAGGCGCAGCGACCGGCGCUUCCCGGCCGACACGCCCCGCAGCCGCAGUCGGCGCCACGAGCGCGAGGGUCGCCGGCGCCGCCGCCGUCGUCAUUCCCGCGCACGUCGCAGCUCCAGCUCAAGCCCAAAGGCCAAAUCCAAGCGCGAGGAUGCGAGCCGCGAGAGGAGUGCGGAGAAGGCUUCAGAGGCCCCUAUGGAGACAGAGGCACCUUCCGUCACGGAGACAGUGCUGCCGGCACGUGUAGAGCCAGGAUUGCCCUUUCUUUCCUUCCGAGAGUUUGUCCUGACGCAACCGAUCGAGACCGUUGAGGCCAAGAAGCCGGAACAGCUCGUGGAGGAGUACAAGGUCUACGAUGGGGACCACAAGCGCGACUGCCAGGAACGGUAUUGGGCAGCCCACACGGAUCAGGGCAUCCUUCGUGACUCCUAUCAUCCGGAGAACCUGCGGCGUUUGUGGAAGUGGCGGUGCGACCGCGGAAAGCAGAUGAUGGAGCAAUUCCGGAAUUCUUUGGCCAACGGCAAGUUCGAAAAGCUGCACUUUUGCUACAAGAGCUCAGCAUCCGUGGAAGGUCACGCCCAUGAGGAGGUCCGCAAGAUCAAGCUCCCCAAGAAGCAGCUGCAGGACCUACUUUGCCUGCAGCAAGAGCACGUCCUGGUGUUGGAGGAAGUUCCGCGACAGGUGAGCAUUUGGGACAUACACGACCAGCUGUCGCAGUUCAGUGGAUUCGAGGAUGCAUUCUUGGAAGGCCGGGACCUGGCACAGGUCUCGCAGGCAGCCUUUGCGUACUUCUCCUCAGAGCUCAACCUCAAGGCGGCCUCGAGUGCCUUGAGCUCUGGCCUCGCUUUGGGCGAAGUGGAGCUCCGGGUCAAGGCUUUGCAGCGUGAGGGCGAGGACAGCGAAUUCGAGGUCUCACUCAUCCCUGCAACCGCGGACGCAGAGCGUGUGGAGGAGGACUUGAAGCUGGCCAGCCAACUCGUUCGAGCACUGGAUUCGGCCGUUUGCAUUCCUACCGAGGACACUGAGAAGGUCGCUGCAGCCAUCAUGGCCGUGCCUGAGGUCGAGCAUCGACUGGACUUGCACAUCCUCUACCUUCGCACAGUACACAACUGCUGCUUCUACAGCGGCGAGUGGUGCUCCGAUCCGUAUGAGCUCCGUCGCCGUGCGGGAGCAGGGAGCCUCCGACAGGCGAGAGAGAACUUGGCUUUCUCCAGCUCCGCAUGGAUUUCAACUCACUGUGAGCGCAUUCGCAGCUUGAUCGCCCGGGCAGCCGAAGCGGCCAAGCCGCCUCCAGCAAAGCCCUCUUCUGAAGAGGAGCCCUUGAAGAGCCAGUGGCUGCAGUGCUGCGAGGAACUCACGAAGAAGGAGGCAGAGGAUCGCUUCCGCUGCACCCGCUGCAAGAAGCUUUUUCGUGGAGUCAACUUUUUGCAGAAACACGUCUUCAAGGUCCACCUGGAGGUCAUGGCCAAGGUUGAAGAUGAUUUCAUGAACCAUCAGAUGAAAGAGGCCUUCUUCAGAGAUGCGGCCGCGGCCUGCCAAGCACAGCGAGCGAUGAUCCAAAGCAGCUGA